GGCUCGCGUAUCAUAAUUGGGGCGAGUGUAGCUAGCUAGACCUACAAGAGCUAGCUGUGUAGUGAUCUACUAAGCUAAAGAUGCAAGUAACAUUGAGCCCUACAAUCCUCUGUUUGUUGGGGUGUCUUAAUCUUGGCUAUUCUAAUGGUGAUAUGACCUCUACGCCCCUCUCUACUAAUGGAGUACUAACAAUAUGUCCAGAUGUUCCCCUCUCCAUCACCUGCUCACACAACAACACUGCUAGUGGUUCCACUCGCUGGAGGAUCACCGGAACCACCACACAAAACUGUAAUGCUCUUCUGAGUCACGAUCCCCCUGACAACGAGGCUUGUGGUCCAUUCAUAAUCACCUCAACCAGUAACAUGGACUCUGUACUGAGCUCCACUGCUGAAUUAGUUGCUGUCCCUGAGACACUGGAUGGAGCUAUGGUUGAGUGUUUGGACGGCGCUGGUAGUGUUGCUGAGUCCUUGAGGAUCAUCACUAUUCAAGUUGUAGAUUCUACCCCCUCUUCCGAUUUUGUUUUGUACUCUGUUGAAUCGAAUGUGACUGGUAGCUUGAAAAUCAAUGUGACCAGCCCUGGAGCGUAUGGCACUGAUGUUACCUACUCUGGUAGUUUGGUAGGGGGUGGUGGCUCCGUGCAGGUAAUGAAUGGUAAUCUGCUCACUGUGGCUGGUCUGGACUACUCUAUAAGUCACACGGUCAGCAUCACUGGUGCCAGUGUUACGUGCUCUGGAGCAGAGAGAAGCCGUCAGUUCAAUUAUACCUUCAAAACAGCAAAACUGGCCAUCAGUGAACUAGCUCUUUCCAUCGAAUGUUCUGACUCCCUUCUUCCUGUCACCCUAACAUGGACUGUUGAGGAAGGGACCCUCUCCUCCACUGAUCCAGCUGUCUUCCCACUCAACCCCCCCAUGAAUCGCACACCAAAUAUCCGCUUUAGUCCAGUCGGUGGCCAAGUUGAUACUGCUAUUUCGAACUCACCGUACAUCCUGUCUAUUCCAAGGAAAAACGAUAUCUACAAUUUCACUGUGUCUGUCAGAAAUGUUGCUGGAGAAACACUACAAGAUGCAUCUGAUUUCCGAGUAUCAGCAUUCUCUGUUGACACAAGCACUAUUGCUAGUCGAAGCUGCCUCACUUUCACAGUCAGGGAAGACUGUGCUAACGACAUCAGGUUGGGAAACUUUGCUAUACUUCUGUCAUACGGUGUUGGGCCGUGUCAGUCAGUGACAGACUUCCCUAAUCCUACGAGCAUGACAGCAGCCAUUACUUCGGCAGCUGGUGUUUGUAUUCCCGUGGAAACCGUGUCGAUUGUUGAACUCUGUUACACUGCAACUUUGAUGUAUCAGAACACUGCUGUAAUGUCUCAGACUAAUCUAGACUUUCGAAGGUGUGUAGUAUCUACUCUGCAAGCUCAGUUGGGGUCAGGGGUCACCUUCACAUUCAACCGUGCACCUGACAGCAGUGAAACAGUGCCUCACACCACUAUCGCUACUCUGGAAUGUGGCAGUGUAGUAACGACUUUCUCUGGAGACUCUCAGGCUAUUUGUGUGGAUAGUGAAUGGAUGGUAGAAAACAACUCUUGUUCAAUUGCUGUCUCGUUUAUGGUAGUUUUUAUCAUUGUGCCACUCCUGGUUAUUUUUGCUGUUGUUGUUACUAUUGUCGUAUUGGUUCUUUAUCAGAAGCUAAAAAAUAAAGAGGGUUCAUCAAGGCCAGUAGAUGUUGAAAUUGAUGGACUGACGAAAACUCCCCCACCUCCUGACUCCAUCUAUGCUGACCUCGACUCCAUUGAGCACGAGGCAGCCCCGGGCACUGAGGACCAGUACGCCAUGGUCGAUAGAAAGGUCAAGAAGAACACAAAACCAAAGCCAACUCCACCAGAGGCUUUGUAUCAGGACCCUAACACGAUUGAGCAUGAGACCGCUGCCUCUGGAGACACUUGUGCCGUGGUAGACAAGCCCAAGAGGUCCUCCAAGAAGAAGGGAGGGCCGGAUGUCGUUCCACCACCCAGUGAGGGGCUGACCUAUGCCGAGAUUGAUCUGAGCAGCAAACGUCCAAAGCCAGGCAGUGGUCGACAGGCACCCCAACAACCCGGAGAAUAUCCAAAAGAACAUCCGGUGGAGUAUUCCAGCGUGGACCAUACCUCUCAUGGUCUGACCUAUGCCGAGAUUGAUCUGAGCAGCAAACGUCCAAAGCCAGGCAGUGGUCGACAGGCACCCCAACAACCCGGAGAAUAUCCAAAAGAACAUCCGGUGGAGUAUUCCAGCGUGGACCAUACCUCUCAGCUGUAAACAAGAGAACAUCGAUUUAAAAAACGAACAAAAGAGUACUCUAUUGCUAGAUUAUAUUUGUAGGUUUGUACUGUACUAGUUAGCGUUGUAGUAAUAAGCACGAGAUGCUGAAAAUAAAUUACGUGUGAACACAGUCAUCCCCUAACCCUCCUUUAUAACAUCUCAUCACUAGAAUGGGUGUUUUUGUACCGUCAUGCAGAGUAGACACUUUAUUUACUGAUUUAUAACAGUCCUAGCUGUGGGACAUUAAAAAAUGUUAUCGAAUGUCAA